AUGUCGCAAGCUGCUGUACAGAAGGUGAGUUUAAUAUUUAAUUUAACUCUAUAUUUGCAAUUUUAUGCAGAAAAUUCUUCUUUUAAAAUACAAUUGCUUCAUAGGUGUGUAAGUCCUUGUCUAAAUAAAAGUUAAAAAAAUGAAGUUUGCUGUUUCCAUCUAUCUAUGUGUUUCUGCAUGAACAGGGUAGCUCCCUGACUCUGGUGUUGAUGGUUGCAUCUGCAGCCUUUGGAGGGACUCUUCAGUAUGGUUAUAACUUGGCAAUAAUGAACUCUCCUACAGUUGUAAGUUUAUGUUUGUGUGUUCAUGUUGAAGUAGAUUUUCCAGUGUUGGCAAUAAGUGUUGAUCAAUCAAGCAAGCAUGGUUGCCAAGUGCUUGUUCACUGGUGGAUUAAUGUUGGGUCCCUAAUCAGAAUAUAUCAGAAAGUAGACGUGUGUGUAAAGUGUUAUAAGAUAUGCAUUGGUUUACCGAACAGCAAAAAUACUUGUUUUUAGAACAAAUAGUAUAUCGUCUUAAUGAUAAAUUGAUAUUAUCUUCUGAUUAUCUUCUCACUAAUUUGUUUUAUCUGCCUGAUUCACAUUUGGCCCAGAAAUUUGGCUAAAACGAGAUGUAACAUGUCACCCCAUGUCAUGUGCAAAUCACUCAUGGAAAAGUGAUUUUUAAAAUCCAAAUUGACAGCAAAAUACUCAGUGUGUGCCCUCACCCUAUGAAACAAAGGUGACAUUUGAUUUAAGUCAUGAAAAUGUAAACAGACUGAAUAAUUUGGGGUAAUAAUUGUCAGCUUUGACCUCUGUUUUGUUUACUCCAAUGUUACUUUGGCGUCUUUGGUUUACUCAGUGACGCUUUAACAUUCUUGUCUUUCCUCACAGUUUAUUCAAACCUUUGUCAACAAGACCUUCCUAGAGCGCUGGGACAUCCAGCUAGAAGAUUACCAAGUGACUCUGGUCUGGACCAUUAUUGUCGCCAUUUUUUCACUGGGGGGCUUUGCGGGGGCUCUGAUUGCAGGACCAAUGACGAUACGGUUUGGGAGGUAAUCAGUGCAGAAAAUCACUAACUCAGAUAUUCAACGUGUAAAUUAUGUUCCUGUACAGAUGUAAAUACAUGAACAACUUAAGUCAACAUACAUUUAACUGUCUAGACAAAAUCUACUCAUGCAUAUGAUUCUCGAUAUGGUAUUUCCAAUUUCAUACUCUUGGAAAUAAAACUGACAUAAACCCUAAACUGUACUUUACAAACCACCAACAGCUAAAUUUACUAUUUGUUAUUUUUUAAAACAAAGGUGCUUUUUCAGCCACAAAAAGUUUGUCCCUGAUGUUGUUGUUUUUUCUCAAGAGUGCACUUCCUUGGGGCUAUUUUCACUCAGAGAUGAACACAUGUUUAUCACUGAAGAUUGUUUACUAAACUUACAUUGCCAUACUAUUUCAUAAAUGGCGAUACGUCUGUACCUUUCUGUUUAACUUUCACUUUCCAAGAGCAUCUGUGGGUGUUUAUGAUUAUGCUCAUACUUGUGCCACAACCAAACAGAGCAACAAGAAUGCUGAAAGUAGAAGGUGAUGAUAUAAAUUUUUUAGCGCUUAUACCAAUGCAGAAUCUUAGACCCUCAUGAGACUGAUAACCAACACUUGGAAUCAAUAUGCAUUUAAAAGUAAAACUGAAAAACUUGAUGUCAAUAUUGAGAGUUUGUAAUAUUAUAUCAUCGUUUAAAUGCCUUUAGCAAAUGUUUGAUCAAAACUGAAACUUUCAACGUCAUAUACAGGAGUUAACGGUUAACCCGUUACAGUAAGAGUACAGUUAGUUUCACAGUCGUGUGAUGUCAAACUAAUUAGACAAUGUUGUGAGCUGGACAUUAGGUAAAGAUAGACUCAGAGGGAAAGACACAUCAGGGGUGGAGCCAAAGUAACAAACUUUUUAAUCAAUGAUCAGAAGGAUAAACGCUUACACAGAUUAUCAGCUAAAUGCCAAAUAUUGGCUCCAAUAAUCAGCCGGGGAGGAUAAUUGUUCUGCUUCUAGAUAAAAGGCUUAAUAGAUACGUCCUUAUCUAUUAUAAAUGAACCAUCUAGUUUUUGGAAACACAGAUCAGGCAUGUUUUCCUUUGUUUGCGAUUUUUUGUCCAACUGGUGCACCUGUGCCAUUCAUUAUAUAAAACCACAAGUAGCCCCUUCAUAGAAAUACACUUGUGAGAUUGGGACGGCCUGCAUCAGGUGGACUGGAUAUCUGUCUUGACUGUAGGAGCCCAGAGGCAUCUGCCAAAGCAAACAGAACUUGAACUUGCAGGUUGGUCUGGUUCCCCAGCAGGAUGUUUUGAGUUGAGUCAACCCAAAAUAAGAGACAGUGCUAAAUGUUGUAUCACUGUUAAGAAAUAUUUUACCGAUCAACUUAGACAGGAUUUAAUUUUUUUAAAGUUCUAUGGCACACUGAAUGAAGACAACAGUCAGACUUUAAACUACUCACAAAGAAGAAAGAAAAAAAGAAAGGUUUUGACUGCUUGAGCUGUUGUUAACCUCCAAAACAUACUCUCAGUAUCUGCAUUGUGUCCCCUUGUCUUUUAAAGAAAGAAAUGCCUGCUGCUUAACAACAUCUUUCUCCUGACGGGUGCCCUCUUCGCAGUCACCAGCAGAGCUGCCAAGUCUUUCGAGAUGAUCAUCAUCUCACGUAUCCUGGUUGGAAUAAAUGCUGGUAUGUAAUUUCAUGUCGAUAAAUAUUUAAUCUUUAUACCUAUGAUGCAAAUGUUCAUCAGGAAUACUGUCUUAAAGCAUGUUUUUUUAUAAGUGAGAGCUGAUCUAAACUGAGACAUUCAAGUAAUAAUCAAAGAAAGAGCAAAAAAAAAAAGGGGGAAAUAUUUCACAGAUGUGUUUUGUUUUUCGUAGGAAUCAGCAUGAAUGUGCAGCCCAUGUAUUUUGGAGAAAGUGCUCCAAAGCACUUGAGAGGAGCCAUCUCUCUGUCCUCAGCUGUUUUUACAGCAUUUGGUGUCGUGUUGGGACAGGUGGUCGGACUCAGGUAUGGUUCUGUUUGUUUGUGUUUGUCGUUUAGACCAACCUUUCUUCAAUUCUUGAUAAAAAAGUGCCUUUCUGUUAAGUAAUACUUUAUGUUAUUUACUUUUAAAUUAAAGAGAAAUUUUAGGAAGUGAGCCAUAUUGGGAGUACCUUCUUGCCAGUAAUGCCAUUCCCGGCAUUGUUCAGCUCAUGACUCUACCGUGGUUUCCAGAGAGCCCCAGAUACCUGCUCAUCGACAGGGGAGACAAGGAGGCUUGUAUUGAUGGUGGGUGUUGUUAUAAGUCAGUCACUGCUCUACAUAUCAGUCAAGAAUCAGAGACAAUCAUCGAGUGUGUUACUGGAGUAUGACCGUUUUUCUCCAGGACAUUAAUCUCAGCACUCUGUUGAGAUGCUGAGAUUUAUUGUGCUAGUUAUAAUAUUCCUUGUGUUGCCAUCCAAGCACAUGAACUUGAAUCAUACAUCCUACACAUACACACAUCUUAUACACAUAUCUCAUAUCUGUGUUUUCGGCAGCGUUGAGGAGGCUGCGAGGCUGUGAGGUCCAGAGUGGCGAGCUUGAGGAGAUCCUGCAGGAACAGGCUGAAACCAGAGGCAUGAGGCCCUGCCGACCCUGGGAGCUUUUCACAGACCGCUCAGUGCGCUGGCAGCUCAUCUCUGUCAUGAUCAUCAGCAGCGCCAUGCAGCUCUGUGGAAACGACUCGGUAAGAAGAGCCAGCUCGCCCCCUGAUAACAAUAGCAUCAAUGAUAUGAUCAGAAAAGUUUUCUCAGAGCGUUGAAACAUGGUUGGGUGUCCCUUUAGAAAAAUUUGUUAUGUAACCGACGUGCAUCAGUGUUACUGAUACAGAGUAUCUCAUGUUCUUUUGGCCGGUUUCCCUCUACUCUGUCGGGAGGUUGAUUAGAAAUUUGAGACCGUCCAUCAGCGAUGUCGUGUGCAGGUGUCUUUUACUUUCCUACGGGUCGUGUUAAUAAUGUAGACUCGGGGUGGAUCAUCAAUGCUUAGUUUAGUGGAGAAUGCUUAUUGUGUUUGAAUAGGGAUGGAGCAAAAUCAACAUGCCACAUACAGAUCUGCAGUGGGGCUAAAGACAAUAAUCCUGUACUUCACCCUUUAGGAACAUUUACAAGCCAGUCAGAUUUCGUCUUACAAUAAGUCUGUCAUGUUAUCAUUAUGUUGAGUAUUAUAUAGUGUGGGAACAUAUUGUAACAAAUUAUAUCAUAUAAUUUGGAUUGUAUAAUGUAUCGUAUCAUAUUCUGUGCUGUUAUCGUGUUUUAAUGCAUCACAUUAUAUUGCAUGAAGUCAUAUUAAAUCAUAUCAUAUUGUAUCUUAUCAUGUCAUUUAGUAUCAGGAGGGACAAAUACUUAUUUUAAUGAACAUGUUGUAAUGAAUCACACCAUACCAUGUUGUAUCAGUUCAUAUCAUUUCAAAUUGUAUCAUAUCCAAUCUAUAUCAUAUGGUAUCAGGUCUGAUAAAUACCAUUGUAACAUAUAAUAUCGUACUUUAUCCUAUUAUUAAUAAUAAUAAUGCAUCGGAUCUCAUAUAGUGCUUUAUCAGAGACCCUCAAAGCGCUUUACAUUGGAUACAUCAGUCAUUCGCUCACACAGUCACACUUUGGUGGUGGUAAACUACUUUAGUAGUCACAGCUGCCCUGGGGUAGACUGAUGGAAACAUGGCUGCAAGUUUGCGCCUACGGCCUCUCCGACCACCACCACACAACACUCACAAUCAUACACCAGUGGAGGACACACACUGGGAGCAAGUUGGUUUAAGUGUCUUGCCCAAGGACACAACGGACAGACUCGGGAUAGGGGGGAAUCGAACCGCCAACCUUCUAGUUAUUGGACGACCACUCUACCUCCUGAGCCACUGCCGCCCAAGUUUAUCCUAUCAUAUGAUAUGGUGUGGUACAGAAUCACAUUGAAUCGUACUGUAUCAUAACAUACUGUAUCUUAUUGUAUCACAUCUUAUUGAGUCGUAUCUCAUCAUAUGAUAUCAAAUCGUGUCAUACUGUACUCAACAGACUGUAUGGUACCAUGUCUAUCAUAUCGUUUCGCAGCAUAUCAUGUAAUGUCCCAUUGUACCCUAUCCUAUCCUUUCCGAUAGUAAGUUACCCUGAGAAUUAUAAUAGCAUGCAUGUACAAAUCACUCCUAGGAUAUUUUUGUUUUUAUUUAUUUACUUUAUACAUUCUUUUUUUUUAACUCAUAAGGUGUCAAAACUGAUUUUAAGACCUCCCCAUAGAAACUGCUGGUUAAGCACUCCUCUGUUUCAAGCUUUUGACCGCAUGCUUGAAAGCUGUGGGAAGAGUUCAGGGUAUUAACAUAGUUGCUCUUUGUACAAAAAGCGGGCAUACUCUAAUCGGCUUAUUUCAGCUGAAGCACUAAAUGAGCACUCAUAUGUCUAUUUUUAUUUCUUCUUUGUCUUUCAGAUUUACUUCUACGCAUCGUAUGUUUUCAAAGAAGCAGGAAUAUCGGCUGACAAAAUCCAGUAUAUCACCAUUGGCACUGGGACAUGUGAAUUCACAGCCUGUAUAAUGUGUGUGAGUACCUGUUAUUGGAUCAUGUUAUGUAACCGGCUAAAAUUAAAGAGAGGAUCGCUUGAAUUCCUCGGGCUAAGGACUAAUCACAGCCCUGAGUACUGGACAUGAACCGGGCUCAGCAUUUGAUUUCACCACUGAGAUUACUGUGACUCAUAAUGUGUUACACUAAAUACAGUACAAUACAAACACUUUAAAGUAAGAUACAAACUGCAAAUGUGAAAGAAUCAGAUCAGGGGUUAAUAUCUAAUUCGAGAAGUCUGACUGACUCUGUUCUGUCUCAUGUAUAUUUUGAUAUUUUCAGAACCUGCUGAUCGAGCGUAAAGGUCGGCGGUUCAUGCUGAUGGGAGGGUUCAUCCUCAUGACUGUCUGGGCUGUUGUCUUUACCAUCGCUCUGUCUUUUGAGGUAAAGAGUUUCAAAGUCUAUAUUACAGUGAUUACCGUGUAUGCAGAUCCUGUGGUAGAGGACAUAAGUCAUAGGUAAUAGUCUGAGAGAGAGCAUAGUGCUGCUCUGUGUAAGAACUUGCCAACAAGUCAGUGUGGCAGUCAAUCCACUAGAGGGCAUCGUGAGCCAACAUGUGAUCAAUUUCUGUGGAGAAAAACAUGCAGUAGUUAAGUAUAGAAUUUAAAAAAACAAAAACAAAUCAAGUCGUUUUACCGGAUUUGUACAGCACCAUUUUCAUAACGAGGAGUUUCUGAUAUUGAUCUGGUUCCCUUUCUUGCUUGCUGUGGAUUUUUCACUCUCCACCCUGCAUGGGAACAGCACUACAUAUCCUGGAUGCCAUACCUGAGCAUGGGCUGCAUCUUCACCUACAUCCUCAGCUUUGGCAUGGGACCAGGUCAGCCUAAAUGUUUUGCAUUUUUUUUUAUUUUUGCAUCAAAGAGACUCAUGAAAUGUGGUUCCAAUGUGCAUUACUAGAAUACAAAUCUUCACUCUAUUGUCUCAUCAUCAUGGACCAGUUUAAAUCAGCUUUGUAAAUGUGUGGGAUUAACAUUUCUUAAAACAUGAACGUCUUUGAAACAGUUUUGAUAAUCUUCACCUGACAGCUUUUCUGCCACAGAUAACUAUAAAAAUGUUAAAUUUUGCUUCAGGAAUGUCAAAUUAGAUGUUAAUUGUGGUUUCAAAUCCUAAUGAGACAUAAACACAGCUCCCCUCGCACAUCUCAACAGAUGGUAACAUUUGCAUAAACACUUAUGUUGUCUCAUCUCCUAAGAGCACAUUAAGGUGAUAAACACUUAGAUCCAGUCUGAAGUGCCUCUGAGGGCCAGUUGUAUAGAUUCAAAUCAAAAUAAAUUACUAUAUCAAAGGUAUCAUUAACAUUUUAUAAUAAUUUUUUAAAAAAGGCAAAAAUGUAACAGACUAAAGAGGACAUUUUGGAUGAUAAGGGGAAUAAAGGGUCAUUAAUAAAUCGUGUCACCCGGCCAUGUAAAUCUUAUGAGAGUUAUGCUAAGUUUAGGCAGACAUAAUAAUAACCCAGACACAAGGAAAUAGAAGCAUGAUCAGUUCUCUCUUCUACAUUAAAGCUAAACUUGUUGCUAGGCUUUGACUGAUAUCUGUACUUUAUCUCUGUUCUUAUAUUUUCCCUCAGCUGGUGUGACCGGCGUCCUCCCAACAGAGAUCUUCAAUCAGGCGGCUCGGCCGGCUGCCUACAUGAUCGCCGGCUCCAUGAUGUGGCUCAAUCUUUUCAUCAUCGGAAUGAUCUUUCCUUUUCUCGUGGUCAGUGUGCCACAUAAUCCACACAACUGUCUGCCUCUGUGUUCGAAUCCUUUCAUCAGUACAUCCCUUUGACUGUCGUGGUACACACAGUUUGUCUGAACUUUAAAAAAAAGUUUAAAAAAAAAGCUUCGGUGAGCUUUUCAAUCUGAAAGAAAAACUUCAGCAGUGUUUGAAACUUUGCUUUUGCUGUCUGCAGACUGCUCAUACCAUCGCGACUACAUUCAUUUUCUUAUCAAAACCUGCAGAAGCAUCUAUGUUAACACAGACCCUCACUCUUACAGGGUUCCUACACAGCUGGAAUUUCCAUAGUUUUCCAUACCCUGCUUUUUAGAAUUAAUUUUGGAAAUACCUACUUUUUCUUUUUUAGAAAACAGUAUUCCAGAACUGUGGUAAUAGUCUGGAAACAUAAAUAUUUUUUCAUAGUUUAUUUUUUAUUUUUCAUACUUUUAACACCUGGAAAUUUAUCAAAUAUAUUUCCAUACUUGUAUAGGAAUCCUGCUCUUAGCACUCAUUAAAUGGCGGAAAAUCACUGCACCACCUAAUCUAAGACAGAUUUUAGUUGGUCUAUAGAGCAAUCACCUUUUAUAGACUCAGUAGAGCAACAACACACCACCUGUUUACCUGCCUAAUUUUAAAGUCAGUAACAUAAGUAUCAACUUUAUCUCAAGUUCUUCCUAAAUCAGGAUAAAAUCACCAAAUGAAUAAUUCACAGACCAUGAAAAUGCACCUUAUACACUUAAUCUUAGUCAUAAAAAUGAGGAAAUAUUUGAAUUUUAGAUUCACGUGUUUCUUCAUUCAUGCCAGUAUUUAUAUUUUAAUACUUUAAUACAGCUAACACAGAGACUUAGACGGUUAAGACUGAGGAAUUUAUAUCAUGUCUGUCAUUGGUACUAAAGUGUACUUUCCUUCUCUUCCACAGAGUGAGCUGAGUGAAUACUGCUUUGUGCCUUUCGGUGCCGUCUGCCUGUUGUCUGCGCUGUACGUUGGCCUGUUUCUGCCUGAGACCAAAGGGAAGUCUCUAUCUGCCAUCACAAGUGAAUUCCACAAGCUGAACUUCAAAGGCCUGGACAAAAAGUGUGCAUCGCAAACUGAAGCUCAGUACCAGCUGGGCGAAGUGUGUCACUCUACAGCCCUGUAGACAGACAGACUGCAUUUCUUCCAAUACAAGAGUCCACCAUGCUGCCUCACUUUGGUCCGAUCUAUUUGAGCGGGAGGAGUUCAUACAGAGACUGACCAAAACUUUAAGUUUGGUUACAUAUCACUGAAAUGUAAACUUUACGCACACCUAUGUUUUUGCUACUGAUACAAGACAGAUCAAAAAGUAAUGUUUAUCCAGCUGACUGUGGCAGAAAAAAAAUCCCUCCAACAUAAGAGGAGAAGUAUUUUUUAAAUUCACAUAUAUGUACGACUAGCAUGGCACAAAGUGUGAAAUAACUGGACAGUAAGCUUGAGAUAAAAAUACUUCACACGUUUAUUUAUCAAGUUUUUUCUAGGAUUGUUUCAUAGUUUUAUUUGCAUAGAGAAUCAAGUUAAUUGACAUGUUGCGGUUAGUUUUUUCUUGUUUGUUUUUCAUCUCAUAUACAUUAUAAACAUUGUAUGCUACACAUAAGGACAACUUUAUUUGGUAUACGCUCAAAAUAUAUUUUGAUAGUCACAGAAAUGCAAACUGCUCAGUCAUGUUAGUGUUGAGCAGUCAUCUUUUUAGUAAGGGCUUGAAAUUUGUUCACGAGUGGAAUAUGUGCAAUAUAUGUUUUUGUUUCACGUAAUGAACCUUUAAUGAUGUUAUCUAUGGGAUCAAUAAAAAGGUGCCUUCCUCACAUAUAAUUGGUAAUAAAGUCACGUUGAGUUAAAUACAUUUUCAAGGGAUUAAGAAGUUUUCUCUUCUAAAGUUAUUACCCACAUGACAAAAUCAGAUGUCAUGGUUCCCAAUCCAUCCACAGGGGGCGCCAACAUCGACCCUUCCAAGAACAACAUCAGAGCUCAUUCCCCUCUACCUCUCAGCCUUGCGUCUGCUUUUUGUGUGUUUGGAUGAAAGAAAAGUGUUAAAGCAACACCACCCUUAAAAUAAAGAUUAGACAUAGGCAUGCUUCACACAUAAUGUCGUGAGAAAUCCCCCAAAAUGCCUUGCAGGUCGUAGUAGAAUGGCUGCUUAACUCAUCAACAAAACACCCAAAUAUAUUUCCUUGGAUUAGAAGAAUUGAAAGUUACAAUAAACAUCAUAUUACCUUGUUUUGAUGUUGUAUUAAUAUUUUAUGGUCUUGUUCCAUAAAUCCAGCAGAAGAAGUAGAAGAUGCUGAUGUCUUUAAAGCUAAUAAAUAUUACUUUUUAAGAUUAUUUUGUGCAUAAUAGUCUUACGUUGUUAACUGUACUACCGGAAAACAUUUUUCAUGAGAUUCCACACAAAUGAAUUCCCCUUUAGAGAUCAAUAAUUCUCCACUUGAAGAUCUACCUAUUAUAAAUUUAAUGGGAAUCCAGCAGGGAAGUUGUACCGAGUUGCCGCCUCUGUUUACAAACAACCUUCAAUGGAAAUCGAUCAUCUCAAAGUUACGCUCAAAUGACAGCACAUUCCAUGUAACGCAGUCUACAAAAGCUGUUCCUUAUUGGUUAUUACGUCACCCCUGAAGCCUCCAGAAGCACAGGAGUCACACUUUCAUUGUUUACGAAGCAAUUUUAAUUUUGAAAACCAACAAAGGUUAGUUUUAAACAAUGCCAUUAGGAUUUGUACAAAUUUGAUAUCUGAUUAUAUCUUCUCCAGACGCAUCUAAGCUUCACUGGGGUUGUAUUAUGCUUUUACACAUUUACAACAAAAACUGCAAAUUUACAAAGUUUGGUGUCCAAACAAGUCAUAUGUGAAGUUUCAAAUCACAAGGUAAAUGUACGUUGUCAUAAUGUAAAAACUGCUUAAAACAGGACCCUGCAAGAAAAUGUGGGACUCACUAAAUUGCUUGUAUUAGUGUUAAAGGCUCUCCUUACUAGUUCAUCUGUUCUUCCAGCAGAGCCUAAAGAGAAAGUGUGAUGAAGUGUUUUAGAUGAAGGCUGAAAUAUUAGUGUUUUAAUACACUAGAGUAAGAAACACAAGGCUUUUUUUUAAAUAUAAAAAUCAUAGUAAACUGCUUUAACUUGAGGUACAAAAUUGGAUUUUGUCUUAUAGUGUGAAUAAAUCCAAUAAAGCUCUGGCAUCAAAGGCAGAUCCAGUUUCUCAAUGUUUGAAGUUUUUCAAGACAGUAAACUGCACUGAAUCAGUGGAGUGGAUAGAAAUCUUUGGAAUUUGCUCCUGUGGGACAAUUAAAGAAUUACCUUAUCUUAAAUCAAAGGAGGAGGGAAACAGGCAGAAAAUGAAUAACUAGACACCGGUCAUGUUUUCUGUAAUUCAAUUAGAACUAUGCUUAAACAUUUUCUUUAUAUGACCAACAUACCUUUGUAGUCUUAACACUCACCAUUUGUCUCAGGUGAAAUGUAGAGUGACCCAAAAUAGAAGAUUAGCUUGAAUAACUUGUGUUUCAUGAGGUAAGUUUUGGUAACAAGAUGCAGAUAAAACAAAUUCAAGAAAGUCAACCCGCUAAGUGCAGGUUCUUUUAAUACCAGGGAAAAAAAGGAAACGACAUUGAGAUUGAAAAAGAAAGACACAAUUUGGAAAGAUUUAAGAAAUUAAGAUUUAAAUGGUCUCACCUUCAAUCAGAAGAUUUAUUCUGACUAAAACUGUUGAAGGUAUUGUGAUGAAAAUGAAAUUAAGCCUUUUACAAACAAUUCAUUGACAGUUAAUAACAAUUUUAAAGAAAAGUUUGAUGUAUUUUAUUCUGAAAGUUUACAGACCUGAGAGAGAUGAUGAAAAUAACUGAUCAGCAGUUGUUGAAAUGAUAAGAAAUAAUACGAAAUAUCUUCACUCUCAAUCUUUGAAACAGUUGAAAGCUGCUGGACAGAGCUGCUCGAAGGUGUGACUCUACGCAUUAGGACGCCUCCCCCCACAGAAUAAUAUCUAACCUGCAACCGGAGGACACUGGCUACUACCAUCAUGAGAAUCAACAAGCAGACCAUGUCCAAUCUGGUGCAUCACCACCCACGUCAAAACAUGAAGGUUGAGCUCUACCAACAUAAAUGGACAACUGAGGUCCAUUGAUGUGUAACUUCAGGUAGAAAUCUGGAUAUAUAUAUAUAACUGUUUUCUGCAUCCUCUUCAGUCUACAUCCACAAAAGCGGUGCAGAAAUGGACAAUACAUCAGGAAAGGUAAGAUCAGACUUAUUCAAUAUAGGGAUAGUUCUGAAUGUACCCCAUGCACUAUGACUAUGUGGACCCUUUUUGUUGCUGUACGAUGGCCAAUUCACAUUUAAUGUUUUUUUACUGCGUUUUUUUCCCUUAAAAUUUUCAUGGCAAGUAAAUCUUAGCAAAAUAUCUACAGUAUAUCCAAUCAAACUCUCAUGACAACUGUACAUGAGAGACUGAUUUAAGUUUGAAAAGAACUAAAGUAGCAAAGAUAGAAAUUUGAUGUAAAAGAGAUGGGUUAUUAUGGAGAUAGUUAUAGGAUUAGACUACUUUGCAAUACUUUUCUAGAGAAAUUGGCCAAUAGUGCAACAAAAACAUAACUAAGACAUUGUAACUUGAUGUGGCAUACCAGAGGCCAUAUCACUUGUGAAGAUAAAGCCUAAAAAUAUUAGUUGCAAAUGAAAAAAAAUGCUUGAAAAUCCCCCAAAGUGUAGAAAAAGUUACUUUCCCUACGUUAUUAAACAUCCCCAAACUUCCAUAUUUUUUAUUCUCAGCUCAAAACUUAUUUUUAUUUUCAUUUGUGUGGUCUCUAGUUGACUUUACUUUAUUUUUUUACAGUCUUUGUACGUGUUUCACAGGCUUUCAUUUGUUUGAUGUGUUUUAAGAUAAGAUAAGAUAAGAUAAGAAGAACUUUAUUGAUCCCCAAAAGGGAAAUUUAAUCUUAUUUGUUCUGUUUUCUCAAUUAUUUCUGUUUUUGUUCUUUGUGCAAUAAGGUAAAAUAUUCUAGACAGGAUAUCGUGGUAAAAAUAGUUUAAAUAAAUGCUCAUAAAAGGACAAAAUGUUGAUUGUGGCUUAGACUGAUUGGACUGGUUCUAUAGGGUCCAGUUUAGUUAAGUGCCACUGGAGGAAGAAAUCUCAAACUGGUAACUUUUGCACUUUGGGGCUCUGUAACAUCUGCCUCAAGGUAACAGGUUGUAACAGGCUUUUUCGAGCUAAUCUGACAUCCAUCCCUUUACUGCCCCAAUGAUUUCAGAGCCUUUACCCACUUAUUAAUUUUUGAUUUGGUCUGAACUUUCUGGUGCUACAGAGUUAAAUGUAACUAUGAUAUUUAGAUACACAGUGAACAGUCUCAGUCUAUACGGAGAGUGAAGUCUUUGAGCCAUCAUGGUGCACACAUAACCGACAGAGGAAGCCAAAACUGGCAUCUAUAACAGAGUAAAACAAUGAGUAACUGUGGAAUACACAGUCUGACGUAAUAAUAGCAUCAUAAAAGUUAAUACAUGUGUUAGUCUAGAACAUUUAUAAUUAUUAACAUGUUUUGGCGCUCGUCUCCACUUUGGCAAUACCUGCUUAUCGUUUAGUCUAUAUGGCUGGUUACUGAAUAUAUGAUUUCCUCUUUACAUCUCAGCUGCAGUACUGGAGGCUCUAUCUGCUGGCGCUGGUGUUGGGAAUUGGAGGAUCCUUUCAGUAUGGGAUUCAAGUUUCUGUCAUUGCUUCUCCAGCAGUGGUAAGAUUUCUCGACUUAUAACAAAUGGAUGCAUUACACUCGGGCUUGGCGAUAUAGGAAAAAGUUUAUCACAAUAUAUUUUUUCCAUAUCAGUUGAUAUCGAUAUAUAUCAUGAUAUAAAAAAUGAAAUUUAACAGUGUUUAUUGGCAGCAUGUCUUUUGCAAUACAAUAAGCUACUGCUUCUGUGAGGUCAAAGUGUCAUUUCGACGUUUUGUCGUGAGGUGUUGCGCUAGAGAAAGCGGACUCAAUGGUCAGCUGUUUCGGCUGCACAGGCGCCAUGGGCUCCUGGCUCCACUCAGGGUUUGUAGUGCUGUGGGCUUCACGUGUUAAAGUGCUAUGGUUGUGUGUAGCUGCAGCCUGCUACUACGCAGUUCAGCACAUGAUUGGUUCAGCUUGAAGUGGACCUGGAGCAACUCCCCUUUUCAUUGGCUAUUCAUAUAGUCUACUAAAACAUGGCAGAAUGCCGACUAUCAAAAAGCAUAUUGACCAUGUUUUAUAUUGAUAUUGAGGGAAAGUAAUUUUUGAUAUAUAUCGUUAUUGUUUUAUCAUCCAGCCCUUCAUUACACUGAUAAUGACAAAAUUACAGAGUAACACUGCAGUCACUGAGAUGGAGUCGACUAAACUAAAGAGCAAUAAAUCACAAGAUGUCUAUUUUUAACAUGUUUAUCUCUUAUAUGUGAAUUUUCUGAAGCAUGUGCGGAGUUUUGUGAAUGACACGUGGCUGUCACGAUAUGGAGUGCCAAUAGAAGAGUCAACCAACCAACUCAUCUGGUCCUUCAUCGUGGCUGUGUUGAGUCUGGGGGCCUGGGCAGGGGCUGUCCACAGUGGCAGCCUUCCCGUCACUUACGGCCGGUGAGAGACAGAAAGCCAACUAAGCAUAUCUUAGUUAUAGAUUACAAAAUAAACACGUGUUGGGUUAGGUGAUAGGUUUGUUAAUUAAUAGUGGACACUGCACAAAUUGCUGAUUUAUGUCUAUGUUUUGCUUGUAGCUCCAACCAUCUGUGGAGAAAUCCAAAGAAAUCAUUACAAUGUUUAGUAUGCCAAUAAACUUGUUGUGCUACUAAAAGAGGGAAAGUAUAACAGGGUCCAAAAAUAAUGUCAAACCGUGUUCUUUUUUGCAGGAAAAAAGCUCUUUUGUUCAACAACGUUGUGGCAAUCAUCGCUGCUCUUCUCAUGCUCUUCAGUCGCAUGGCCGGAUCUUUUGAGAUGAUCCUUCUGGGGAGAUUUCUCUUCGGGUAUAAUGUCGGUAUGUGCCAGUGUGUGUUGUGUGCAGUUUGUGUGUCUGUAUGAAUGUUGAUUUGUUUUCCAGGUUUUCAUCCUGUCUUCAUCCUUUAUUUCCCACAGGUCUUGGACUAAGUGUACACCUCAUGUACAUCGGGGAAAGUUCUCCAAAGAAAUUCAGGGGUUUCCUCACUCUCACCUGUUCGAUCUUCAUUGGUUUUGGAAAAAUUAUGGGUCAGAUAAUUGCCAUCAAGUAAGAACUGACUGCUGACACUCUAAAACAAAAUCUCACUCAUGUCCAAUCCUACUUACCUGAUUUAAAUUUAUACAUAUUAAUCAAUCAUUUAACCACUCAAUCAAGCAAUCUUUACAUUUAAUUCUAAUCCCUAACAACUGUAAUCUCAGGAUGCUUUACAAAAAGAGCCAGUCUGGACCAUACCCUCUGUCUAUAUUAUUCACAAAGACGUCACAUCAGGAUAAUCUAGUCUUCUCCUUUUUUAUGAUCCAAUCUUAAUCCACCAUGAACGGAGCUCGGUGAAACAUUUAGUAAGGAAGUUGCAAUGAGAAACUUCCAGAAAAUCUCAAAAGCAGAACCAGACUCAUGUUGAACGGUUACCGGCUGAGUCUCUAGUAGGAUUGAGCGGGGAUUGGGGGAGAAACAGUAAAAGAGAGAGCUAAAGAAAGACAAAACAACAUCAACAACAAUAACAGCUCAUACAGACUUAUGAUUAUACUGACAGCAGUAAUGUAAAAGUGUGUUUACUUCAGUAAAUUCAGGAAGUUAACAGCAAGCUAAUAAUUAUGGACUAAUCUUAAUGUUUGUGGCAGUUAAAACCAAGAGGUUUCAGUGUGGUGUCUAUAGUCAUGAUGUAGUAGUAGUAUUGUCAGUAAUAGUAAUGUAAAAGUAACAGUAAUGGUGAGACAUAUUAAAGCUCCUGUCGAGGGCUCCUGAUUUGUGUCAAUUUUGGCGCCCCCCUGUGGACAAAACAGUCUCUGAAUUAGGAAAUGGUAUUAGGAAAUACAUGAUAGUCCCUGUUUUGUUUUCUGCAAUACAUUUUUAUUUGGGUGUUCAAAGAAUUAUUGAUGAAUUCUGAUUAAUUGAGAACUUGUGUUGGCCUCUGUAUGCGUUUGAUUGGUUGGUUAAUAAAAGGAGCAGGUUUUUAUGUUUGUGUGUAUGUUUAUGAGUUUGUAAUGGACCCAGAAGAGUACAGUAGCCGAGCUUAAACUGGUGCUAAUGGGGAUCCUAAUAAAGAGAGAAAGGAUAAUGGUCUUGUUUGCUUUUGGAUAACGUAAAAAAGUGCCAACACAAAUUUCAGCCUGCUUCAUAGACAUUAAAAAAUGAAAAUCCUCAUAGGAGCUUUAAAAGUCAUUGCAGUUGCAUCUGUUUCCUCCUUCACUAAUUGUUCAUGUUUAAUAUUGUCAGGGAGAUGAUGGGGACUGAAGACAUGUGGCCGUACCUCUUAGCCAUAAGUGGCGUCCCUGCUGUCCUGCAGUUUGUGACACUACUUUUCUUUCCUGAGGCGCCUCGACACCUGUACAUCGACAAAGGAGACACUGAAGGUGCAAAGAAAGGUAAGUGGAUGCAUACUACUUUACUCUGUGUAUAACUUCCAUUGCUUUUGCAGCCAACCUCAAGUGGACACACACUAGGGACUUUAGAUUUCAGCACAUCUACAUCGGCUUCAUUUCUCAAGACUGGAAGUUGAUACUAUCACCAUUUCUCCUUCAGAGUAUUCUUAGAGGAUGAGAUACUUAGUCCCCAGCACAUUCCUCAUCUCCAUCAGUACACAUUACAUCUUUCCAGUCAGUCUUCUAUUACUGAUGAGCUUCCUCAAUCUCAAGAACCUUACUCUGGAGCUUUUGAGCUGAGCCUUCUCAAAGAAGAGGACACUCUUCAACUUCUCUUCUUUUGAGGAGGCCUCAAGCGCUGCUACUUCCGGCAAUUAACCAUCCAAUCAUCAUUUCAAUCAGCACUCUUGUCUGUCUCAAUAAGUCAGAGAUUUGAGGACAAAAAGCUCAUGGCUCUGUAGUUGAAGUCAAGUGUAUGAAGGAGCAGGAGGAUGAGUUGAACUUUCCUCAGGCAGUAGCUGUGGGAGAAGAAGCAUGAAUAGGAGAAGAUGAAGACUUGAGUUCAUCUCAUCUCAUCCAGAGGGACAUGUUUGGUCUGAGCCACAUCCAAGAGGCCUGUUAGGGCUACACAUCUCCAUCUGAAGAUCAUCUCUGUCAUAGAUCCACUGCUUGUUCUUCCUCUGUUCUUGAAGCUGUUUGAGUAAAUUUGGAGGCAAAUACAAUUGGAUACUAUUUAAUGUAUUUUUUUGACGAUGAGGUACAAAUGUGGACGUCAUUUCAACGUCUAGAAGAGGUCCAAUAAUGACGUCUAAAUCUUGGAUCCAUUUUACACAUUUAUGCCGACGUCUGGAUUUCGUCCUCAGAUGACGUCCAAAUUCUAAACGUCAGAGCGACAUCUAAUAAAGGUCCAAUUUGGACGUCGAAAUUUCUAACCUAUUUUGCACGUCACACUGACGUCUAGAUGUGGUCUUUGAUGGACCGACCCAAUACUGACUUGAUCUGCACGUCUCUUCGACGUCCAAUAGAGACUAACACUUGUUCCUGAUGGGGCUGACUGUCUACCCGUUACUUUUAAAACUGGUGACGUUGCUUCAGGCAAACUAAAGACGCACAAACGACUCAAGAAAUGCAACUAUUUAGGGGGAAAGCAGACAUUUUACAAUGAAUACUGUGACUCAUAAACAUACCAAUUUGUGUGUGUGUUUGUGUGCAAAAGCCUUAGAGUGGCUGUGGCAGGACACCAACCUAAAGCAGGAGCUGGAGGACAUGAAGAAAGAGAGAGACAGCACACAGGGAGAGAAGAAGAAGACAGUGAAGGACGUCCUCACCUCUCGCUGUGUAAGGUGGCAGCUGCUGACUCUCGUUAUCCCCUGUGCUGGCGUUCAGUUCUGUGGCAUCAAUGCUGUAAGUUACCAUCCAUUUUCAUUACACAACAAUAAAGACUUUACAUUGGACUCAUGUUGAACAUAACUGUCAUUUUUUUGUCUCUGUUCCAGCUGUACUUUUACGCCUUCGACAUUUUCCGUGAAUCAGGAGUGCCAGCCAACCAGAUGCAUUACUUGGCCAUCGGGAUUGGAGCAACAGAGCUCAUUACCGUGACACUGUGUGUAUGUAUCUCUGUGAAAAGCAGAAAACCAAAAGGCCUAAUUCAUCUAAACUGAAACAGCAUGGAAAAAAAUACUCAAAAACACUUGUGAUCGAUCUUCCUUAUUGUCAGAAAUUUGAGUUUUGAGAAUGUAUCAAAAAGGGGGACAGACACAGGGUUUAAUAACUUUUUAAUUCAUUAAAAAAAAGAAGCGAUAAAUCUAAUGUUGAUGCAAUAAUCUUCAGAAGGCAGAAGAACUGUGCGACUGUACUUUCCUUUUCUCACGAGUUUGAAUCUCUCCAUCAUUUUUGUGUCUCAGUCUUUCCUGAUAGAUCGAGCGGGCAGAAAGAAGCUGAUGGGUUAUGGCUAUCUGUUGAUGGGUGUCACCAUGACUGUGCUCACUGUCAUGCUGUCCAUUAAGGUAAAUACACUCUCAACUAAGGUCCCCCUUUCUCUACCUGUGCCUUGGGCGAUAAGUUACAAAUGCUUCUCUUUUUCAUUCAGCACCUAAAUCCAUGGAUCCCCUAUGUGAACAUCGCUCUGAUCUUCUGUGUCAUCUGUGUAUAUGGACUUGGACCUUGUAAGUUUGCUGUUGAUUGUGAAUUUAUUUGAAGAUAUAUAUUUUUUUCGUCUAAAUAACUAACAUUUAUGUGUUUGAAGCUGGAGUGUCCAUGGCUCUUCCUGCGGACCUCUUCCUGCAAGCUUGGCGUCCUUCUGCUUAUGUCAUCAGUGGGACCAUAAAUUGGUUGGGCAUGUUCCUGGUGGGGAUGUCGUUCGGCUUCAUUGUGGUGAGAAUCCUGAUGUAAAUCCCAUAAUAUCACAUGAAUCCACGUUUGAAAUACACAAACUCAUUCAACUUCUGUUUUUAUGUUCAUCUCAACAGGAUGGACUCGGACAGUUCUGCUUCCUGAUUUUUGUGGUGUACUCCGUUUUAAGUGCCGCUUUUUUGCUAUUUUUUGUGCCAGAGACCAAAGGAAAGACAAUGGUAGAGAUUAUGGAGGACUUUAACAAACUUAACUACAAGAACAGGACUGCUGAUGUUGAAAAGACUGACAUCAAUCUUUCAACUAAAAUGUAACUGUUUUUUGGCGAUAUUUCACCGGUCAUAAUCUUUAGAAUUAAACUUUCAGUCCAAGUUUUUUAGAACAGUAUAAGCUAUUUAAAUGUGUAUCUCAUUAAAAAAAAAAAAACUUUGUUUGAUGCAGAAAAAUGUAUUGAAUAUUGUAUUUAAAUUUUAGAGUGCAGUAGUCAUAUAGGCGAGAAGAGUAUGUAUCCUGUGUAUUUAUCAUAGUAAAUAAACAUUUGUUACUUAUGAACUCUGUA